GGAAACCACUUCCAUUAUCUUUUGCUUUUUCCUUUGUUCCACACGCACCUGAUUUUCCAUUAUAUAUAGAACUCCAUAGCUAGAAGAAAUAAUGUAAAAGAGUAACAAAAACAAAGAGUUAGAUAAAAGAAAAAAUGGAAUGGAAAACAUAUUAUUUGGACAUGAUUCUUGUACCAUUAGGGUUUCUAAUGACCAUUGGUUAUCAUAUAUGGUUGUGGCAUAAGACUAGAUCGGAGCCUUUUUCUACUUCAAUUGGAAUCAAUGCUCAUGCUAGAAGAUUUUGGGUUCCUACCAUGUUGAAGGAUAUCGAAAAGAAGAACAUUCUAGUCGCACAAAGUCUUCGAAAUCUUAUAAUGGGAUCGACUCUGAUGGCUACCACAUCAAUUCUAUUAUCAGCCGGCUUAGCCGCUAUCAUUAGCAGUACUUACACUAUAAAAAAGCCUCUCGACGAUGUUAUCUACGGUGGUCACGGCGAAUUUAUGGUAGCACUUAAAUAUGUGACACUUCUGACCAUAUUCUUAUUCUCAUUUUUCUGCCAUAGUCUCUCAAUUAGGUUUCUCAACCAAUUAAGCCUUCUAAUUUGCACACCACAAGAUGUUAUGUCCAUGGUUACUCCUGAUUAUUUGGUAGAGAUUUUGGAGAGAGGAACAACUUUGAACACUAUUGGGAAUAGGAUUUUCUAUUCUGCACUUCCACUUUUGCUUUGGAUAUUUGGUCCUGUCUUGGUUUUUUUGUGCUCUUUGGCUAUGUUGAUAGUGUUUUACAAUCUUGACAUUGUUUCUGAAAGUGGAAAGAAAGAAAAGAUUGUACUUAGUGAUGAAAGCAACUAUGUCUAAUUGUUUGGAUAUAAGUGUAUGAAAAUGCAAAUAGGUAAGAUUAAAAAAUAAAAAGUGUAAUGCAAUCAGUACUAUUACUACUAUACUUUUUUUAUAGUGAAUAUCUAUUUUAGUUUA